CUAAGUGGGAGGUGCAAUGAGCUGCGGGUAAACAACGUCGUGCGCGGUAUUAGUUCUCAAACAGGCAUUCGAUGAUGUCUCGUAUCGCACCGCAAACGUAGAAUUGCAUCCACCCAAGCCUCACCCUGGUAUCUUAUCGGUACGACAAUCGCGUGUGUUAAUCGGAAUGACCCGGCGAGUCUCCAUGGCUUUGGUUUAAAAUCUUGAUCACACUCCAAACGGUCCGGAAGACGGAGAAGCUAGUGGUUAUAAAUGUGCUGUCUCAGCAUAAAGUGAAAAACCGGUGGUGUAACCAAUUCGAGCUGUCAGCUUCAGUUGAAAGUUAAUUGAAUUCCGUUCAACCCACAAUCGAAAACGUGUUUGGGAGGCUCCUGCUCCUGUAGUGGGGACGUGAGAUUCUUGAGCUCAUUUUUAAUUGGAAGCGUCGGAAUAGGUGAAAUGCAAGAAUGGCUGAAAAUCUCGCUGCUGUUGUGUACUUUUGGUUUCUUCCGAGAGAUGCGCCCAUCGGAACCAUUCGUUACCGAGUUCCUGUCCGGCGAGUGGCGCGACAUCCUGCCGGAGCAGCUGAACCGUGAUGUAUACCCCGUCGGCACGUAUACCUAUUUGGGGGUGUUAAUUAUUAUAUUCCUCGUGACAGACAUUUUGAGAUACAAAUCGAUAAUUAUCUUUUCUGCCUGCGUUGGCGUCGUCAUUUGGUCUCUCCUGCUAUGGACUACGUCACUUGCCGCCCUGCAGGUAGUUCAGGUGCUGUACGGAACAUACAUGGCGGCCGAGGUGGCAUACUACACGUACAUUUAUGCGAAGAUUAGCCGAGAUAAGUAUCAACAGGUAACGGGCAACACGCGAGCUGCCAUCCUUAGCGGACGGUUUCUGGCGAGCGUCCUCAGCCAGGCACUCGUGUCCACCGGAGCCAUGGAUCUACGGGAGCUUAACUAUAUCACGCUUGGUGCGCAAGCAUUCUCCCUGCUGUGGGCAUUCAUUUUACCGCCAGUCAAGAGCAGUGUCUACUUCUACUCCAAGGAAAGUCAGCAUUCGCAGUGCACUGGGGGAAAUCAAGUGAAGCAGGACGGAUCGACGCUGCAUAGCUCUGGGGAACAUGUAGAACAAAAUGUCCGGCAGGAAAUCGGUAACCACGCGAAUGCCGUGAACACAAUUUCAGUGCCAGUGGCUGCCACCGACAUAACCAAAUCCGACGUUAAUCUAACCUCCGCCAUGGAAGGGCAACAGACAGCGGCAGGGAAUGAGACUGAGCCUCGCUCUCGGUUCUCCUGCAAUCGUGCCGGCCGGCUGCUGUGGACUCACUUCAUCUCCGCAUACUCAAAUCUUACCGUGGUCCAGUGGAGCCUCUGGUGGUCCCUGGCGAUGGCCGGCUUCAUUCAGGUGCAGAUCUACGUCCAGCUCCUGUGGCAGGAAAUUGACGUUGACCAGGAGUACCUCUACAAUGGCGGGGCGGAGGCCCUCCUGACGCUGUUCGGAGCGGUUAGUGCCAUUGUUGCCGGCUAUGUGGCCAACCGAAUCUUUGAGCAGUGGGCUUUGUGGGUAUUGACGGUCUGCUCCGCCCUGCAGGGUGGCUUAAUAUUGUACUCCGGGUUUUCUACCAAUAUUUGGGCAGCGUACGCUGUUUACAUCCUGUUCGGAGUGCUGUACAUGUUCAUGAUUACGAUGGCGAGCGCAACGGUGGCCAAAUAUUUGGAGGAGGACAGUUUUGGAUUAAUUUUCGGCAUAAACACAUUCGCCGCGCUUGCCUUCCAAUCCAUUCUGACCGUGGUGGUCAUUUCCGAGUCCGGCCUGAUGCUGUCGCCCCGGGGUCAGUUCAAGGUUUAUGGUGGUUAUUUUCUGGCGCUGGCGUUGGUCUAUCUCAUUCCGGCGGUGGCCAGCAGCAUUAUCCACUGCCGGAGGCGAAAUUUAAACGGCUCGGUGGAGGCUGCCGCCAAGGAUGCUGUGCAUGGGAAGGAGGGCGACUGGACGACGACGAGGCGCAACAAUUCGGAUGCUCUUUCCACGCGGUUUUAAUGGUUGUGAAGUGAAGUACUGCCAAUAUAAUACUGAUAGUCGUGGAUUGUCUGCGUUUGAAAUUAUCACUGCCAUAAUAAAAUAACGGACACAAAGCGUGUGCGGAAAUUGUUGAAUUUUAUGUUUAUUAUUCUCCAUUAUUUUCAGCUACGAAUUUUUUUUCUAAUG